AUGUCUCAAUUCGUCCGAGAUACCAGCUUUGGUAGACUUGUCCGUCUAAUUACAUGCAAUCGAGUACUGCAGUUCCCCGAAGAGCAGGAUGAUUUUCAGCUGCAAGAUUCCUACGUCAAGCUUCUUGAAGCAGCUGAGCUACGCUCGAAAGACGAGCCAUUAUCUAUCCUCUCGCAAAGCGAGAGAAACAACGGCACCUAUUCCAUGCGCCCUUCAGAUUCCGCUCUUCCAGAUGACGGUGGGUCCGCGAAGGUCGACGAGAGAACGCAGCAAAACGACGUGUUCGAGCCCAAAAUGUUGGAAGAUGGUACCAUAAUCGUCAACUGGUAUGGCUCUGACGACCCUGCAAAUCCGCAGAAUUGGACGACUGGUCAGAAACUGGUGCCGACGCUGAUCAUCGAUGCUUACACCUUCGCUGUCUACCUUGGCUCCUCGAUUAUCACUGGGAGUUACACCGGUAUAAUGCGUCAGUUCGACGUUUCUCAACAAGUCGUUUCUCUCACGCUCUCCAUGUAUGUUCUGGCCUACGGAAUCGGACCUUUGCUCUGGUCACCACUCUCUGAGAUCCCACCCCUUGGUCGAAACUCGUUGUACAUCUUCACCUUUGCCAUAUUCAUUGUUCUCCUCAUCCCUACGGCCUUGGUAAACGACUUCCCAGGCUUGGUCGUGUUACGAUUUCUCCUAGGAUUCUUUGGAAGUCCUUGCCUCGCUACUGGUCCAGCGACGUUGGGCGACAUGUAUGCCUUCGACAAGCUCCCAUACGCACUUUCGACUUGGGCUGUCGUUGCUACAAGCGGUCCUGCAGUUGGUCCUCUGCUUUCUGGCUACAGCGUGCCGGCCACUAGUUGGCGAUGGUCCACCUGGGAGUUGCUGUGGCUCAGCGGUCCGCUGUUCAUAGCCUUCUUCUUCCUGGUUCCAGAGACAUCGCCUUCCAACAUUCUCCUUCGACGUGCUCAACGACUGCGCGAACAAACCGGCCAAUCUUGUUUCAGAAGCCAGGGCGAGAUUGAUCAAUCUAAGCGCCGUCCCCGGAAAGUUGUCACCGAAGCACUCUGGCGGCCAAUUCAAACUAUGAUACUCGACCCAUCUAUUGGAUUCACCGCACUUUACGUUGCCCUUAUAUACGGCAUCUACUAUUCUUUCUUCGAGUGCUUUCCAAUGGUCUACGAAGGAAUAUAUGGAAUGUCGCUCGGAGCGCAAGGUCUCGUCUAUCUGUCCAUCGCCGUCGGGAUCACUGUAGGGCUGGUGAUGUACCUGAUCUGGAUACGCAUUACAUGGGAGCCUGCCGUGCGGACCUGGAAUAUUGGGCCCCCAGAACGCCGCCUCAUUCCUGCUCUCUUCGCAUCGUUCUUGCUUCCAAUAGGACUGUUCCUCUUCGCUUGGACAGCAACUUCCUAUAUCCACUGGAUCGUACCCACUGUUGGAAUUGCUAUCAUGAGUGGCGGCAUCUUCAUGAUCAUGCAACCCAUUUUCCUCUACCUUCCCCUGAGCUAUCCCAAGUACGCAGCAUCUGUCUUCGCUGGUAAUACCGUCGCUCGGUCAGUACUUGCUGCCGCCAUCGUUCAUUGUUCGCAACCAUUGUAUGUCAAUCUGGGAGUAAAUAGAGGCGUGAGUCUGCUGGGAGGGUUCACUAUUGGUUGCAUCUUUGGUAUCUAUGCCCUAUACCAUUUUGGUCCGUCAUUGCGAGCAAGAUCCAAGUUCGCGCCCUGA